GGAGAACAAGACUCAGGCCCGAACAUCUAGUGUUGUUUUCAUUUGUGUAUUCCUAACAUGCUUGAUAUUCAGUGUAGUCCUAACGAUAUAUGUACUUUUAGAGUUACAGACUUUACGGAAUCAGUAUGAGGAACUACAGCAAAACGUUGCUGAUAAUUUCCUCCAAAUCCAGAAGUUUACUACAACUAAAGGACUGAAAAAGGAUACCGGAGCCAUAAACUCCCUUAUGAGGCAGGCGAGACAAUUAACAUCACACAAUCUGAUAGCAGACUUAUUACAUGCACAGGCACACAUAUUGGAGACUCAUUGUACUAAUGAUAGUAAACUCUGCAUGCAAGGACCAAAGGGGGAAACUGGUCCAAAAGGAGAUCCGGGGAUACCAGGAAAAGCCAAGGAUCCCGAGUGUUCUUGUCUCAUUUCACCGGCUGUAAGGGGUGACGGUUCACAGCAUUACCUAUCGGGAGGACGACCUGUAGUGUUACACUGUCUGACGGCGGGAAAUCCCGACCCUUAUGUCACGUGGACAAAAGAUGGCGUUAGAAUCAGUACAAUUACCAAUCAAAACCUCACGGUUACUACCCCUGGUAACUAUACAUGUACAGCUGAGAAUAUUGUAGGCGUAGCUACACUUACCUUCCACGUGACGUAGUAAAAUUAUCAGAUCCUA